AUGAUCCAUGACGCCCAGAUGGAUUACUAUGGAGUAAGGUUAGCUACAUGCUCCACCGACCGAUCUGUCAGAAUAUUUGAUGUGCGCAACAAUCAACAGCUUCUAGUUGCCACCUUGAAAGAACACGAAGGACCAGUGUGGCAAUUAGCAUGGGCUCAUCCAAUGUAUGGCUCCCUCUUGGCGUCUUGUGGAUACGAUAAAAAAGUCAUCAUCUGGAAGGAAACCAAUGGUGUCUGGGGAAAAGUAUAUGCUUAUGAUGGAUUUGAUUCAUCGGUAAAUUCCGUCUGCUGGGCCCCAUAUGAACAUGGAUUGAUUUUAGCAGCCGGCAGUUCUGAUCGUUCAAUUUCAAUUUUGUCCUAUACAAAUGAAGGGACAUGGGAAUCAAAGAAAAUCAUCAACGCUCAUGCUGUGAGCUGCAAUGCUGUAAGCUGGGCACCAGCCAUCAAAUCAGAUUCCAUCCACGACACUGCAACAUCCAUGUUACCUCCAAAGCGAUUUGUCUCUGGUGGAGCUGAUUAUCUGGUUAAAAUUUGGAGAGAAGACAAUGGUCAGUGGGUGGAAGAUCAGAAAUUGGAAAUGCAUUCUGAUUGGGUGAGAGAUGUAGCCUGGGCUCCCUCCAUUGGAAUACAAAAAAACAUAAUUGCUAGCUGUUCCCAAGAUACUUGUGUGUAUAUAUGGACCAAUGAUGGAACCUCGUCUACCUGGACUCCUAAGCUUCUUCACAAAUUUGGUGAUGUCGUUUGGCACCUCAGCUGGUCGGUAACUGGUAAUAUUUUAGCAGUUUCUGGGGGCGAUAACAAGGUGAGUUUAUGGAAAGAAAAUCUGGAAGGAGAUUGGACUUGCAUCAGCAAUGUAGUCAAGGGACAAGGAGAAACAGCUUUUAAAUAG